AUGGCAGAUCUCAGCCAAUACACCGUGCAGAAACUUUUCGACAUUAAGGGCUGGGUGACCGUGGUCACUGGAGGAGGUACCGGUCUUGGACUCAUCACCGCCAAAGCUCUCGCUGCAAAUGGGGCGAAAGUAUACGUUACCGGACGACGAGCGGAGAAGCUGAAGGAUGCCGAACUCACGGAUCCCGCGAGUGGCGGCUCCAUUGUAGGCAUCCAGAUGGACUGCACCGAUAAGCAGAGUAUUGAGGACGGCGUCAAAGCUAUUGCGGCCAAGGAAAAAUUUGUCAACCUUCUCAUCAACAAUGCAGGCCAGUCUUCGGUCAACUAUGGACCAAAGGGCUUUCCAACUGGAGAUGUGAAAUCCAUCUCGGAGGAGAUGCUCAACAAUCAAACCUUUGAUGAUUGGCUCGGAAUCUACAAGAUUAACGUCGCCAGCUAUUAUUUCACAUCGGCAGCUUUCUUGCCUCUUCUCACAGCGGCUAGAGAUCACGGCUACCCCGAAGCCGGCUCGAUCUUGAACAUUUCCUCCAUUUCAGGCAUUACGAAAGAGUCCCAGAAUGGCCAAUUCAGCUACAACGCCUCAAAGGCCGCGACAAUCUCUCUCACGGAGCAGCUGGCUGUCGAUUUCAAGCGCCCUGGGAUCGAAGUCAGAGUCAACACGCUCGCACCGGGCUACUUUCCCUCAGAAAUGACACCCAUCGCGAGGGAUGACGGACAGCAGAAGGAGCACUUCAGGGAUAUGAAGGGAUGGGGAAUUCCUUUUGGCCGCGCUGGAGAACCGGCAGACUACGCCCAGGCUGUGUUGAACUUUGCAAAGAACGGUUACGUGACGGGUUCGACGCUCGUCAUUGACGGAGGUUGGCUGUUGGCUCAUGCUUGA